CUACAUCUAUCGGAGUAUAUCGAAUCGACUACAACUACGUGGCUGCAGUGCGUUUAAUAGCGAUUAAAACCAGGCCAAAAGUACUAAGACAAACGAUGGAAUCGACACUCGCCAAGGUGCUGCUCCUUGUGGGCAGCCUGCUGAUCCUGUGCCGCACCAGCCACGCCUUCAUCGUCAGCGUGGACGCCCACAAUGAGGAGUGCUUCUUCGAGAACGUCGAAGGCGGCACCAAGUUUGGCGUCACCUUCGAGGUGAUCGACGGUGGCUUCCUAGACGUGGACAUCAAGAUCAGCGGCCCGGAUAACCAUGUGAUGCACGAGAGCGAAAAGGAGUCGUCCGGCAAGUACACCUUUGUGGCCCCCGCCAAGGGAACCUACACCGUGUGCUUCAACAACGAACGCAGCAGCAUGACCCCCAAGCUGGUCAUGUUCUCCAUCGACGUGGGUGACGCACCGCAACGUGCGCCCGGAGCACCCGGCGAGGAGGAGGUGGGCCACACCAAGCUGGAGGACAUGAUUCGGGAGCUCUCCGGCACGCUGACCAGUGUCAAGCACGAACAGGAGUACAUGCAUGUGCGCGACAAGAUCCAUCGUUCGGUGAACGAGAACACCAACUCGCGAGUGGUGCUGUGGUCCACCUUCGAAGCCCUCGUCCUGGUCCUGAUGACAGUGGGCCAGGUGUACUACCUGAAACGCUUCUUCGAGGUCAAGCGCGUCGUGUAAUCCCGAGCGGAAAACCAGGAUGGAAGUAGCAAAGGAAGGCGGCACACGAAGCUCUGGGGGAAAUGUGUGCGCAAUGCGUUGCAGUCUCAGAUUUAAUUUAAAUGAUUAACAUCCUUUUGUAAUUUAAAUAAAAUACCUUGUAAAAAGUAAUUAGUGCUUGAAAGUAUGUCGAUCAUGUUUCUGUUUCGAGAAUUAUUAACAGAGAUUGCUAUAUUAGAGAAAUUAAUAUAUAUAUUUUUUUUUAAUUACCAAAUAUCUCUUAAUGGAAACAGAACAGCAAAUAUUUUCAGACACACAUUCAAGGGGGGAAGAGACACUUGUGAACUUUCGAACUAAAUUGAUAAGAACCAUUUGUUUUCUAAUAAAUGUAGGUUGACAAGAGAAAAGUUUGUUUGCAACUUCGAAAUGGAAAUGGAUUCUAUAAUAAUUUCGAAAUAUCUGAAUGGAAAU